GUUCAUCCUGUAGAAUGUGAUAUGCAUUGCUGCCAAAGUUUAGGGAAGGAAAUGUUGGAUGGACUAUUUUAGUGUUGUCUAAUCCGCCUUCGAGCUGUAUAUACAUGUCGUGUUAAGCAAAGAUACGUUUGAAAUUUAUCUAGCUUGUGAUGAUUUGUGAUUUUGUUCCCUCUUGGUAGCAAGUGAACCGGCUCGAGAUUACACCUGAUAAACGCUGGCUGCAGCUGGGAAUCCUCAUAUUCGGCUGUUUGAUGUCAAUGCGAACAGCCCUCAGCCUGUGAUGAGCUACGAUUCACACAUUAAUAAUGUGAGUUGGUACAGCAAAGUUGGUGUGCAGCUUGCUUCCAUCCUUAACUGUGAUGUGGGAUGGAAGCUUGGUGGUUGCAGCAAAUAACCGUGGGACAUGCUACGUGUGGCGCUUAAUGAAAGGAACACAGACUAUGACCAACUUCGUGCCGCUUCACAAACUUCAAGCUCACGAUCAAUACAUACUCAAGUGUCUACUUUCACCAGAGCUGUGCGAGCCUAAUCGGUAUCUGGCUACUGCAUCUUCGGAUAAUACUGUCAAAAUAUGGAACGCGGAUGACUUUACGUUGGAAAAAACACUAGUAGGUCAUCAGCGCUGGGUUUGGGACUGUGUUUUCUCAGUAGACGGUGCUUUCCUAAUCACAGCUUCAUCCGAUUCAACUGCUCUUCCUUUGCUUGGCUGCACGCUGAUAGAGUCGCUAACAAUGAUCGCCUUUUGAGUUUACGGACACAAAUGGUGCAAUGGUUUCGGUGUUAUUGACUGAUUAGCCCCUCGUUGUCGAGCUAUUCAUCCUUUUCGACGCCCCCUACGUCUACGUGUGCUUCUUUUCGUUCGAUUCCGGUGGUGGCCGUCGCCACCACGCAUCACAUGCCAACUAGUGCAAACAAACAAAAUUUUUGUAGCUGACCAAAGUGAAUGGAAUAGUGGCUGUAAAGGCAAUAUCUAUUAUGCUUCUCUUGGUGUACAAUCUUAAAUUUCCUCUCUUUUUUUAUAGUAUCAUUUUAUCACCAUUAAA